AUGCGCGCCUGGACACUCACCUCCGCCGGCCUCACCCUCUCCCCUUCCCACCCCCUUCCCGGCUCAGCCCCACCCACUGCCUCCUCCGCAACCACCCAGUCCCAACCAACCAUCACGGGCAACAACCUCCUCCUCAAAAUCACCCAUGCGGCACUCAACCCCGUUGACUUGCACAUCCUCCGCUUGUUCCCGCACUGGCUUCCCUUCCGUCGAAACCCCACGCCUGGAUUCGACUUUUGCGGGCGAGUUAUCGGCGCCGGACCUGAUGUGGACGCCAACGAGUUCACAGUGAGCGACGUAGUCUGUGGAGCUCUGGGAGCAGGAGAUGUCUUUUGGGGUAAAGGUUCGCUGGCCGAAUACCUCCUCGUCUCUUCCUCACUGGUAGCCAAAAAGCCAAAGACAUGGGGGGGACUCAACGGGAGGAAUGAGGUGAGCGGGGAAGAAGCAGUGGGGUUGUUUGGCAUCGCGGGACAAACUGCCGUUCUCAUGGUCCAGACUACUGGUGUCGCAUCAGAUGCCGACUGGAAGGGGAAGCGAUGCCUGGUUAAUGGCGCUAGUGGCGGCGUGGGGAGUAUUCUCACGCAGAUUCUCAAAGGAAAGGGGGCAGAAGUAUGGGGGACUACAGGUUCUGCGGAGGGUGAGGAGCUGGUGACGCAGUGCGGAGGGAAGGUGGUUAAUUACAAGGAUCAUCACCCCGUCACUGCGCACUUGGCCGAGCUGUUUGGGGAGGAUAAGUUGGAUUUCAUCUUUGACUGCGCAGGAAGCCAGGAUAUGUUUUCUCAAUCGCCGGCGUAUUUGAAGAAGGAGGGGAAGUUUAUCAGUAUUGCUGGAGGACCAUCGCAGGGUGUUGUUCCCUAUGUCAAGAAUAAAUUGAGGCCCGUGUGGUUGGGUAGGACGCCGAGGGAGUUUGAGUUGUUGUUGUUGAUCCCCGGAAAGAAGACUGUCAGGGAGGUGGGGAGGUUGGUGGAGGAGGGGGUUCUUGAAAGGGGCUUGGUGGAUGGUGCGGUUUGGGAGAUGGAGGAGUUGGUGAAGGCUUAUGAAAGGUUGGGCAGUGGAAGGGCGAAGGGAAAGGUUGUUAUCAGGGUGGGGAAGUAG